CAGGAAGGGUGUGUGUGCUGAGCGGUUUCCUCUCUCCUAGGUCGGCUGAUCAGAACGGGGCGAGGGUGUGAAGGGUGUGUUCUCGUUAGGUUUUUGUGGUGACAGUCGAAGCUACCAAUCGUACGUGUCAAAGCAACUGCACCGUCAAAAGAAAGAAGAGAAGAGACGAGAGAAAAAAAAAUAAAUAAAUGAAACAAGCUUGUGCUGUGUUGGCUCAGAGCUGCUCUCUCCUUCCUGUGGCCCUGAGCUUGAGAACCUCUUUCUGAUUGCAGCCCGUCCAUGUGACUCGGUUUCCGUUGGUUGCCUGCUUCCGUGAAUAGUAAAGAGAGGCAUCUGUUCAGUCAGAGCGAGGGAGGCCAAUAAAGCGAACGCACACACAUGAGAAGGCGCUCUGCAACUGAGAGGCAACCAGCGAUAUGGUCAGGGGAUCAACCGUCAGUGGCUUGGGAAAUCCACACCUAACCACCAGAUGAGGAUGUUAAGAUGCCCAUCCACGCCUUCACUCCCAUCUUCCUCUGCCUCUUAUCCAUGUGGAGAAUCCUGACGCCGGCCUCCUGUCAUCCACACCUCAGCCCGUGUCAGAUGAUACAGAAAACAGCUGUGUGCAACGAUGGGAAGCUCCGCUCAGUGCCUUCAGUUCUGCCGGACGACAUCGAGGAGCUUCAACUCAACUCCAACCACAUCCAAACACUAAAAAGCGACUCCCUGCUCUAUUAUCCUUCAUUAAAAACCCUCAACCUCGCCUGCAAUGGUCUGGAGACGAUAGAAGCGAACACUUUCCAAGAGUCAAAGCUCCUCCAGCGGCUCACUUUAGCAAAUAAUAACCUCCACAUUGGCUUCCACGAGUCCAGCCAGGCAUUAAGACAGAUACCUGGGCUAAAAGCUCUGGAUCUCUCCGAGAAUAAGCUUGAGGAUGAAAUGGCCGCUGCUCUCCUCCAGAACCUGACGUCGCUGGAGUACCUCAACCUUUCCGGAAACCUCUUGCAAAGACUGGAUGAGACCUCGUUCAGCGACCUCCAUCAGCUGAAGGAACUGGACCUUCAGAGGAACAUCAUGUUUGAGAUAGACGGAGCCUUUGACAGCAAUCCGAAGCUCCAGCGCCUCAACUUGGCCUUCAACUACCUGCCCUGCCUGAGAGACUUCCACAUGACCCAGCUGGUGGUGCUCAACGCCAGCUACAACUCCAUCGAGUGGUUCAUAUCCAGGCAAGAGCUCAACGACACUUUCCAGCUCCAGACGCUUGACUUGUCCCACAACAGACUGCUGUUCUUUCCUUUCUUGCCUGACCGGAGUCACCUGCAGUACCUCUACCUGUCCCAUAACAGGGUAAGCUUCUACGAACACCUGGCCAACAACGCCACGUUCCCCAACGUGACCUCCACCGUCGUGUUCUACAACAUGAAAAAGUACGCGCCCAACGUGACGGCUCAACUGUGGGACGAGAGUCUCCACGGGGACAUUUCCUCUCUGGAGAUUUUAGAUCUGAAAGGAAACCAGGUGAAGUACUUCCCACAAGGAUUCAUCCAAAAAAUGCCGGUCCUGUCCAGACUUCGACUGUGCACCAACUGUCUGGAAACCUUGAACCUCACCUCAGAAAAGUUCUCUGGAAGUUUGUAUGAGCUGGACAUUAGCAACAACAGGCUGAACCAGAUUGUGGCAGAUGAAGAGACACUGGCCACUCUGGGGAACCUGACAUACCUUAACCUUAGCCUGAAUGAUCUUCAGGUGUUUCCUUCUGGAUUAUUUUCACCAUUACCAAGCCUCAGAUCAGUGGAUCUCAGCUACAACAGCAUUGAUAUUUGCUUUUCAGAGGACGAUAAGUCCAGUACAGACACUGCUUCAGCUUGUGUGGACUGGAAAGACGUCGUAUCCCUGCGUCAGCUUUACCUUAAAGGAUGCAACAUUAAAAGAAUUCCAAAUUCUGCCUUCACUGGUUUGUCUUUAACACACUUGGAGUUGUCCGACAACCCUGGAAUCAAGGUCCAACAUUCGAUACAAAGUCUGAGCAGAACUUUGCAAUAUCUCGGUUUAGCAAACACACAAAUACAAGACUUCGACUUCUCUGAUUUCCACAGUCUGAAGUCUGUAAACAUCUCAAGAAACUCCCUUUACCACCUCCCACAUUCACUGCUUAAUAUUGACCUGAAAAGCCUCGACUUGAGGGACAACAAACUGUCCACGAUACUGUCGAGUCAUGCCGACGCUCUGGCCCCGAAACUCCAGACGCUCCUCGUGACGGGGAAUCCGUUCAACUGCUGCCAAACAGAAUGGUUCAGGACAUUCGAAGCAGCAAAGACGGUCAAUAUAGUCGGAAAGUCAGACAUUGAAUGUCAAGAUCUGCUGCAGACAACGCACCGAGUCGAGCACUUCCACUCAUUCUGGUGUUUGGAGGAGGGAGGGGAGUCUUUACUUUGGUACAUCCUUCUAUUUGUACCGAUCGGUCUGUUUUUUGUUGGGUUUUCAAUCGUUGCUCUCCUCACCAUCGAACCACAACUUUUACAGAAAUCAAUUAAGAAGAAGUGUUUGAAGCCUACAUCAUACUGAUACUUUAUAAACCAGGGCUGUUAAAAUCAUUCUAGUUCAGGGCAAUGUUCAACCCAAUAUGAUCUAAAGUCAGCCAGACCAGUAAAAUAAAAACAUAACCUUGAAAUAAUGUCACAUUUUUGACAAUAUUCUGCCUGUUACUAAAGGCUUGCGUAACAAUGUGUGUAAUUCAUAUGUAUAAAUGAUAAGUUGAGGCGUAAUAUUGUUAAAAUUGCACUUAUUUUUCUCAUGAAAUUUCAUUUUUUUCAGGUUAUU